UUAAACCCGUUAAUUCAGUUUCCAUGUACAGAAUAUUGUUUUAUAAAUAUGCGGAAUUGAAAAUGACACAUUGUUUCGUACUGAUAGUUUUUAUUUUUCUCAUUUCGAGCGCGUUCCGAGUUGAAAAUAUACCGCAGGAUGUUAUUCCAGUGCUGUAUAAGGAGUACAAAGAAGCUGUAGACAAUGCCAUAAAUGACAACACGAUGUCUCUACGUAGAAUUUUCAAAAAUAACAAAGAAUAUAAAAUACAUGUCAAGAAAUUAAGAGAAGUAAAUGGAUUUAAAAGACAUAACCUGCUUUUAGGAUCAGAAUUGCCUGGCAAGUCAUUGAUUUAUGUUAAUAAUCCAGUCGAAAUCAAAAUACCACACGCGUACUUAUCGCUAGAGGAAUUCAAACAACUUUUAACUGACAGAGUUAGUCGACAAAGAGAGAAAUUUAAUAAACAUCAUGAAUACAAACCUUCGUUACUUCCAACCAGAACUACAUUAAAUCAAAAAGUCACUAAUACGAGGAAAUUAAAACAUAAUAUGAAGGUAACAAAAUAUAAACAGAUCACGUUUAUUGAUACAUAUAAUAGACCUCCAAUACAAAAUACUCAGAAACUAGCCAAAUCUGAACAUAAAACUACAAUUAAGGCAAUAGAACGUAUAUCUCAUAUAGCAACAGUAAAUACAAAGGAUAUAAUCAAAAACUUAACACAAAUAAAUAUCGUUAACUUCACUACGAUGCCAAACAAAACUGCAGUUAAUACUAAAUCUACGAGAAGUGACGAAGAAUUAAACGACACUAACAAAGUAGAUAUUGAACCCAUCCCUACUGUCUCAGAAACAGUUGAAUCCACUGUUACAUCAAAAUUAGUUGAUACUGCCACUGGGUUUACUCCUCAACCAGAAACUACUCAAUAUACUGAUACAAAAAGUAUGGAAAAGAGUACAGUUACUGAAACAUUUGUUACUGAGACUGAAGAGACAACUUCAGUAACCACUACUACAAAACCUACUAGAAGGACUUUAUCGAGACCACUUGUAUUUAUGGGAGGAUAUAAUAAGUAACAAGUACUUAAGUACCUACAACAAAGGAUAUAGGUAUUAUGUUUUUUAUAUAUUAAAGCAAAAAUGUUCAAUUUUGGUGAAUGUAAUUUACAUAGCUAAAUUACAUAGCUUAAUGUUUAGGCGAAAAAUAAUAUGAAUGUUUUAUAAAUAAAUUGUGUUUUUUACAUAUAAAAUACCUAAAAACAAACUCACCUUAAAUUACACCCUAAAAAAAUCCAAGUUAUUGCAAAGCAAUAACUAAAACAAUCUUCAACUGAUCGCCAUCAACAUCACUAACAGUUCAAA